UUUCCUCCACGUAAAAAAAAAAAGUCAUCUUUCCUUAAUUCGUGUCAUAUAUGAGACUAUACAGGAUGAUCCAUUGACAUCUUUCAAAUAUCUUUUCAAAUUGUGUGCGAAAAAUAUUUUUUACCUGACACGAAUAGUAUCGAAGGGUCAAUAAUCGGUAAAAACAUUUUCGGAGAUUUUAAGAUUAUCGAUGUUUUUUUUUCACAUAACGGUGCAUCUUUAUUGCAUCUUGUAAAAAACAUAACCUUGAAAUAACACCGACGUCCAAAAAUUUAAGUUCUUCUUCCAAAGAAUGAACGGCCACUUUCGUAUCGCUGUUACUGGUCAUCGAGUUUCGAUACCAUUCUUGCUACGUGAAAAAAUAAUUAAUUUUUUGCAUCGUCGCAAUUCAAAAACAUGUUUAAGUGGCCUUGCAUUUAAAUGGACUCUAUCCCGUGUACGAUAAUAAGCGAUGAUUCACAAACGUUCGUCUUUGUGCCAUCGUCCUUCGUUCGUUUUUUCCGUUUAAUCGCGUAGCCCUUUCGCAAUAAAACCUCGCAACGACGUUUAUCAUCCGCGUAGUGAAAAGGUUACGAUAUUCUUCGACAGAGCGCGUUAGGGUACAAGCGCCUAGCGACGCGCGUCCAAUAGUUCGCGCAGAGAAAAAGCUUCACCGUUCGAGAGAAAAUGUGAAUCAUCGCGAUCGAACUUUGUAUGAUGCUUUAUCGUGGAAAAAUCGACAAGUGUGACGACUAUUGACGUUCGACGCGACGUAAAUAUGUUGAGUUCGAUCGAAUCCUCGACUAGCUGUGGUUAAUACGCAACUCUAACCUAUAACGAUGUGGCGACUUGUCAGCCUCGCGAUGCUUCUUUGUUUCUUGAACGGAAGCGUCGCGGCCUCUUACUGUUACCCAGACUACUGUCAGAACGUGACUGCACCAAACUCACAUUCGAUGGUUAUAGUCGUUACCCACCGAACGGCGAAACAGCCAAGUUUAAUCUACGAGCGUACACGUACGAGGAAUCUGGAUAUAAAUGGACGGCUUUCAACUUCAGCGUUACCAAUGUGGACUUUCGUGGACUGGUUAUGCGUUAUCAAAGUUUACUGGAUGAAAAUGAGUCAAUCUGUAGAUACAUAGAAGUCCAUGGGAACGAAACUGACCCUGCCCCGAAGGAAUUGUACGUUUCUUGUCCAUUUUCUGACGAAUCCUAUGAGUCAGUCCCGUACCGGUUAGAGUACCUAGUAACAGAAGAAAAGUACAAGUAUAGCAAAAGAUACGUUUUCAAUGUACCUGUGCACAGAUUUAUCGUUGUGUGUUCGUUCAAUGUUGACCGUUUCUCUCGAAUCUGUCCUAUCUCAGGAGAAGAUGUAAGUAUAAAGGAAUAUAGACCGUUUGUAUAUAUCGAUGUGUCUUACGCUCCCCUUCUUUCGUUGCACGUUCAACCACUGCCAGAAGUAUAUAACGUAACAGGAUAUAAAGUCUGGUUGAUAAACAACGAUACGGAUUUCGCAAAAGCAUUUAAUAUGACGAGCGAACAAGAUUUCCGGUACAAUUUUACCGCGCACACCGGCGUGUUUUAUUUUAAAGUUGCUGCUAUGCAUCCGGAAUGUGGCGACUACGGAUGCGUAAAUAGCACCACGCCUUUUAUCAUUAUACAGGAAACCUCUCACCGUCUGCUAAUCAUGAUUAUUAGCACCGUGUGGAUACCGCCAGUGAUACUAUACGUUCUUUAUCAUUUGUACAAAUUGUACAGAAAGGAAGCCACGAGAAGGAGAGGGAAGCCAAAAUGUUUGUUAAUUUACUCACCGACGCGAUUGUCGCACAUCAACGUAAUGAUCGAGCUGGCGAAAUAUUUAAGAGUCUGCGACAUUAACGCUAUGAUAGACAUGCUCGACGUAGCGGAUACCACCGGCAAAGAUCCGGAAUGUUGGUGCGAUGCCGCGUUUCGAAACGCGGACGUCGUUCUUAUCGCAACUUCUCCACCAGCUGAGAAGCCUGCAAUCUCGACCGUUUAUCAAAAUACCGGCAAUUAUCUUCUACGACUGGUCAAAGAAAAUCAGUUGCAUAAGGAGAAGCGCUACUACAUCGUGCAGUUGCCGUAUUGCAAGUCGGACGACGUGCCGGAAGAAACGAGGCAUUUGAGGAGACUUUGCUUGCCAAAAGAACUGACGAAACUCGUUAAAAUUAUUCACAAGAUGGAGCGCGCAAGGUGCGUUUCCUCGGUAUCCGACCGAGAAUUCUUGGACAGCGUGAAAUUAGCGAAACUCGAGAUAUUAAAGGAAGAUGCGAACGUUGCGAAGGAUGAACGAGAAACUGAAAACCUUUUAACCUCGGAAAACGAUCGGACUUUUCCAUCGACCAUGGCGAAUGAUAACGAUGUGUCCAGAUCGUUCGCAACGAAUAUAGACGAAUUGAACUUGCUGGGAGAUAGCGGAGAGAGCGAGGACGUACGUACUCGUAAAUCUUCCAAGGACGAUACUUGCGCGUUUCGUAUCGACGAGUUGAACUUGUGAUUUCGUUUCAAGUAUACGCCUUUUAUUCGUCAUGUUACGAACAAAUUCAAGACUUACGUAAGGUAGAUAAUUUUUUAAGAUGUAAAACUUUUUUUUCUUUUUUUAUACAUAUACUGAUUUAACUUAAUAAAUGCUAAUUCCUUUUGUUACCAUACAACUCCUCGUGCCCAUUUCUUGCCAUCACUCUCAGAAACCAAAUCUGAUCAACUUUAACCUGGUAUGCGUAUGUGCAUAUAAUAAUAAUAAUAAUUUUGUCGAAUUACAGAGAUUGCGUAAAUAAUUGUACGUUUCAAGGAAAUGAGCUUUAAUUUCUACAGUUAAUCAACAUGAUUUCCAAGUGGCCUUGAUUCGUCAGAUCGCAAGUGUAUUACAUGUAUAUAUACAUGUAUCUUUACAUAUGCGUACACGUGUGUAAUAUGUUUCAGCACGACAUAAACGAUGAUGUAAUGGUAAUAGUUGAGUUCACACGACAUGUGCCUAAGUACUAAUCGAUCCCUUGAAAAUAAGUAAAUAUACAGUGCUAUAUAUAUGUAUAUAUAUAUAUAUAACUAAAUUUGUACUUGAAGGUUUGCGUGAUGAACGCAACUGGUUAA